UAAUUUGUUGAUAUCCUGCUUGGUAGUAUUCAUUUUUAGACUGGUAUUUCAAGCCAAGUACAGCCCCAAAUCUGGGGUUUUAUUCGUAUUAGGCAGCCCAGUUGACUAGGACGUCAUCUAUAUGAAGGGCUAAUGGAGGACACAAGGGAUUUGGCUGAACGCACCCCGCGGUCAGAGCGCAAGCGGAGAGACUCUUUCGGGAUGUUUGAUGGCUAUGACAGCUGCAGCGAGGAGUCCACCAGCAGCUCCAGCUCAGAGGACAGUGAGGAUGAAGUGGUGCCCUCCAUCCCUGCCAGCCUGCCCAUCAUCAAGAACAAUGGACAAGUCUAUACCUACCCUGACGGCAAGGCUGGAAUGGCCACCUGUGAGAUGUGUGGGAUGGUUGGAGUACGAGAUGCUUUUUACUCCAAAACCAAGCGCUUCUGCAGUGUGUCCUGUUCCAGGAGUUAUUCCUCGAAUUCCAAAAAAGCUAGCAUCUUGGCACGCCUCCAGGGUAAACCACCAACAAAAAAGGCAAAAGUCUUACAGAAACAGCCCCUCAUGGCAAAGUUGGCAGCUUACGCCCAGUACCAAGCAAGUCAACAGAACCAGGCCAAAUCAAAAGCUGUGGUCCCGGUGGAAAGCUUUGACUGGGGCCGAUACAUCUGUAGCAAUAACACAGUCGGGGCUCCUGUCAGCUGUUUCAAGCAUGUCCCCAUGGGUACAUGCUGGGGGGACAUAGAGGAAGGAAUGAGGGUUGAAGUCCUCAAUUCUGAUACCAACCUGUCCACUAAGGUGUACUGGAUAGCAGGAAUCAUCAAACUAGCAGGGUUCAAGGCUCUCCUGCGGUAUGAGGGCUUUGACAACGACUCCAGCAAAGACUUCUGGUGUAAUCUCUGUGUCCCUGAAGUGCACCCAGUGGGAUGGUGCGCUUCUAGCGGCAAGCCCCUCGUACCUCCAAAAACCAUACAGCAUAAGUACUCUAACUGGAAAGCCUUUCUUGUGAAGCGUCUCACUGGAGUCAAAACUUUGCCACCUGACUUUGCUGCCAAGGUACACGAGAACAUGCAGUUCCCCUUUAAGAAGCUGAUGCGGGUGGAGGUGGUGGACAAGAACCACCUGUGCCGGACACGGGUGGCCCUGGUAGAGCAGGUGAUCGGCGGCCGGCUGAGGCUGGUGUAUGAGGAGAGCCAGGACGGCUCCGAUGACUUCUGGUGCCACAUGUUCAGCCCCCUCAUCCACAACAUCGGCUGGUCGCGCAGCAUCGGGCACCGCUUCAAGCGAUCUGAUAUCACAAAGAAAAUCGAGGGUCAAAGUGAUGCACCUGCACAAUUGUUCCAGAAGGUGAGAGACGUGGACCAGAGUGGGGAUUGGUUCAAGGACGGAAUGAAGCUUGAGGCCAUCGACCCCCUCAACCUCUCAGCUAUAUGUGUAGCCACUGUAAGAAAGGUCUUGGCAGACGGGUACCUCAUGAUCGGGAUUGACGGUUCGGAGGCAGUGGACGGAUCAGACUGGUUCUGCUACCACGGCACCUCUCCCUCCAUCUUCCCUGUCGGCUUCUGUGAAAUCAACAGUAUCGAACUGACGCCCCCUAGAGGGUACACUAAACUGCCAUUUAAAUGGUUUGACUACCUCAGAGAAACGGGUUCAAUAGCUGCUCCUGUCAGGCUCUUUAACAAGGAUGUUCCCAAUCACGGCUUCCGGCAGGGCAUGAAACUGGAGGCCGUCGACCUGAUGGAGCCCCGGCUGGUAUGCGUUGCCACGGUGACGAGGAUCGUCCACCGGCUGCUGAGGAUCCACUUUGACGGCUGGGAGGACGAGUACGACCAGUGGGUGGACUGCGAGUCGCCUGACCUCUACCCCGUGGGCUGGUGUCAGCUGACGGGCUACCAGCUCCAACCCCCUGCCACACAGAGUAACAGAGAGAUGCCACCAUCUGUGCCCAAGCAGAAGAAGAAGGCCCAGCAGUACAAAGGCCAAAAGAAAAAGAGGAAGAUUCCGGUUGGUCGACGGCCCUUCAGUCAGGCAGGCAGGAGGAGGAGCUUCUCGGGGGACGAAGAGCAGAGUCCGCCCCCUUACCCUGCCCAGGGGCCCGCUCGGCCCCGGCCCCGAACCCACCUCCACCAAGCCCACAAACCAGAGUCUCUGCUGCGACUGAAGGAGGAGACUUCAGAGGUGGACGAGUUCACCUUCUCGCAGGGCGUCUCCGACCAGGAGAGCAACGGCUCGGGCAGCUACUACAUCAAACAGGAGCCCUGAGGUCGCCGGGUCGGACGGGAGCAGGACGAGCCAGGACAGGACGCACACCUCUGGGAAUGCAGCAAACUCACCUGCAGUCAGAGACCGACGUCACAGCCCUGCCGUCCAAUCAGAGCAAGAGACGGCGAAGGGGUGCUCGUGUUUUGUCUGCGAAAAUCCUGGAGGAGAUCCGCGUGAAUUUUUUUUCAAAUGUUGUAGCUGUGUGCUAAUACUUGAUCACUCUCAAAACCUGCUCAGAUCAAAGCACCUGGGGUCUCGGUGGGUUACUGAUGUCUGGGCAUUUUCUUUCGUACCACCGUCGAGUGAUUCCGAAUCGUCUGUCUCCGCUGUCCCAUCUGAAAAAUCUACCCAGACGAGAGACAUUUGAACUCUGGAUGAAUCCACACACACACACACACACACACACACACACACACACAAAACCCCUCUUUCUCCAGGGGUGGAGUCCUGCAAGACGGCGUCAGUCUGUCCUGCCUCUGCCAACACUCUGGGCCACGCACAGAGACCUGUAGAAACUGUGAGAAACUUUUAUUGAGCCAGGUCUUUAGGUUGUUUUUUUUUUUUUUGUUGUUGUUGUUGAUUUCAUUUUCAGGUUAUGAGAGUCAGCCACUGAAGGCAGCAUUUCCAUCGGCCUGCAAAUAGAAGAGAGGCUGGCAGUGAGAAAAAAUACUUGUGUAUAUUUUGAUUUUUUUUUUUUUUUCCCCCUUUUGAACAGUUUUGCCAGGUGGACUUAUGCUUUGUUUAUAGUACUUGAAGUUUUGACUUUUUUUUGUCUUUAAUUUUUAAUGUUCUGUUUUGGAGUUGUUUUGUCUUAAACAAUGAUUUACUUAUUUUGCUUACACAUUUUUGGUGGCUGGAUGGGAAACAUACAUGUGCGUUGUUGCAUAAGAGUUAUUAUAUUCAUAUAGUAUGAUGAGACCUAUUCAUAUAGAACUACAGUAUAUAGAUAUUAGGGUCUGUGAUUUGAAGAGAGUGAGCUUUGAAUAGUACAAGUGCUGCUCAGCGUGAUCGGUAUUCCCAACAGAUUGGCGAAUGCUUUGUUUUUCCACAGCUGUGUUUCUCCAUUUCACAAACAUUGCAGAACCAGUUAUUUAUGAUUUAACAAUAUCAUUUAAACAAAAGGGAGUUUAGAAAAGCAUCCAGGGCUUUAUUGGCACCACACAUAACCUCUUGAAACUUCCAUAAAAGUGGGAUGUAUGAUCCGUGUCACAUUAUGAGCUUAAACUGGAACAGGCUCAUCAUAUUUCCUUUGAGUUCCAUCCGGUAAGCUUUCCAGUUGUCCGCUAAUGGAUCAGAUCACCUAAGAUAAGCUUAAUGACUCUCUGAGAUUUUGGAGUAGCAGUGUCCGGCUGGUUCGAUAGACCCACGUAGAGCUCUGGAGAUCUGUCACGUUUACUUUGAGUGGCCUAAAAACUCUCCACUUGUCAUUUCUCAUGGAGGUUUCCGUGAUAUCUUUGCUAGAACAAAAUGACGAAGCUGUGGAGAUACAAAACUUCCAAAAAUCACCUCCUUUUUGAAUAAAUGGUGAGUAAACUAAUUAAGGUGUGACAAUAACUGAGCAGCAGGGUAUGUUAUAUAAAUGAGAAACCUUACUGGUAUGAUAGGGCACACUCUGACAUACUUUUUUUUAAUUCCCAUUGUCCAAACUUGCAUACUUGUAACAGAGCACCUCUGUGUGUGCACAGGGUUUGACCGAUACUGAUACUUUUAUGUUAAAGCUGCCCGAGGCAGGCAUUCACUGUCUUUCAGUUUUCCAUCUUCAGGCCAAAAAUUACAACAUUUCCCCCACAGUAGUAUUCUUUUCAGGGUGGAAAAGCUUCUGAAACAGCACUGGGACCAUCACGGGACACUAAAACUCACCACCGCAACCCAGACUAAUUCACUUCUUCAAAGCAAAUUUGAACAAGCAAAAGCAAAAUCGGUAGAGUGUUGGGUUGUAUAGUUCCCUGAGUGUGAUAUGAGUCCACAAGCUGAUGAAAUAUCCUCAUUAGUUGAUCUGCUGGCCUGCUAAUCCAUAAUACUUAUCUCUCUCUCUAAAUUCACUUCCAAAGCCGCUCCCAAACUAAAACUUUCAGUGCAUAAACAAACAUCAACACACUGGAUAAUGCCAAUAUAAAAAAACAAGCCCCGGUACACAUUUUUUUUUCUUUUCAUGUAAUUACAAUUUUAAGUAUUUGUACUGUAUUUGUAAUUAUAAGUACUAUCAGGUUGUUUCUUCCUGGCGCAAGGAUACUAUGCAGAUGUUUCCUGCAGACACUACCCACCAGAUCUACUUUCCCAUUCAAAUAGGGAAAUAACAAGAAAAGUGCUGUUUCAUUUCCUUAAAAAUGGGUGCUGUGGCUUCUUGUUUUUGUUUUUUUUUUCAUAUAUAUACUGGCAAAAUCUACUUUGUUCAUGCAUGUUUGCUAAAAGUGUUAUUUUGGGAGCCACACUAUCAAAGCGACACACACAUCCAGCAUUGUGGAUUCGCAGCCCACAGUGCAGAGCAGCUCUGUUGAAGUUCAGCUUUGCUUUAUGAGUGACACCCCCACCUGACCUCCACCUGUUCCAUGGUAGAGGAGAUGUUGUAACGUGUUACUGCCUUUACAUGAGGAGUGAAUAUCCAAAAGCAAAAAAGAAAGAAAGAAAAUGAACAAGGAAAUGAACAAACUGUUUGAGGGAAGCAGGCGUUACAGUGUUUUUUGUAGCUGUGGUCGGGGAGGACCUGCCUGGCUCCUGUCCCAUACGUGAUGAAAGGCCAGUGUGAGCCCCAUGUGUUGGUCUAACCCUGCUGCACAGCACGGAGUGUUGUGGAUGCAUCACCUACACACUGCCCCAGGUUGCAGUACAGAGGUGAAUCAGAUUGGCCCGUUGAUAGCGCCCCACACAAGCCCGCAGGGGUCCCCGAAUCCGCUGCGAGCGCGUUGGACUGUGUACUGUAUCCAUGAAGGGUCCAAAGCCGAAGCUGGAACUCCUCCUCAUUCAGCAUGUCGUGGCGCCACACUUUGUUUUCCACGGCGGGAAGCAAAGACCGUGUACACUCGUCAGCAGGGAAAUCUGACUCACAAAAGAGAUCGGCUGAAAGAGCGGUUUGAUCUCCACAUGCUGAAUGGAAUGUGUCACGCACGGCAUUGAGAUGAUAUGCAAAAAAAAAAAAAAAAAAAAAAAAAUUUAUUUGGUUUUGUUUUUUGUUUUUCAUCGCUUGUUCUCAUGUCAGAGCCAUAUGUAUGCAAGCUAGUCCAAUAUUCAGCUGAGCCACAGAAUAACAGUUUGUCGUUGAUGAUGAAAACACAAACAAUGCACUGCUUUUCCAUUAGUCUCUGAAGGCAGCAUUCACACAGACAAUGGGAUCUAAAAGUGGCAUAAAUACAUAGCAGAUUCUAUAUAUAACCAUGACUAUGAUGGUAUGGAGCAACAAAUCCUGAUUAGUCAAAUUCUUUCGACUCCGUGCUUUGGGCAUGGAAAUAACCAAGAAUCCUUAUCCUUUCAUUCUUUUAGAGCUAGAUUUUCGCAGCUAUUUAUCUACUACCUCCUGAUGCUAGCCAAGUUUAGCAAAUAUAAGAGUGUGAAAUAGGCUAUGGCAGUGUGUAAGCAUAUGCAAAUGCAAACAGUGACCUAAAAUGAUCCACUUGAAGACUAGACACCAAACAUGGAAAAAAAUUUAUCACAGCACAUGAGGUAGUCCUCUAAUUUGAAUGAUAUGCAAUAAUAGUUCCCGUAUUAUUUUGCUAUGUUUAAAAAAAAAAAAAAAAACCCUCUAGCAACCUUAUGUCAAAAUCACUACAUUAAUAUAAUUUACAUAUGAAAUAAUUUAACAAAAUUGUAUUGUAUAACUGUGAUUUUUUUUUGUGAAAAAGGGUUCAUACAGUAUAUAGGAUACUUUGCAUGGCUGUAUGUCCAAAUGCUAUAUUGAACAGAUUUAAAGUGCUCAGUGAUGGUUAAAAGACCCAGAAUUUCUCUUUAUACCAGUAAGGUUCACAAUUCAAUUCUCAGGAAGUGUUUGCUAUUUUUUUUUUUUUUUUUUUCCUUUUUCUGUUUUUUAACUAGUCACUAGUCAAAUCAAAUUGCAUUGGGUUGGAAAAGCUCAAAGAAGGCAUCUUUACCAUGCGCAUCCAUUCAACCGAGAAAAAGGUCUUAUCUCACCAUUUGUUGUACUUUUUCCAUGUUUCGUUGCCUCUAAUUCCCUUCAAAGUGUUUUAUGUUCACACUAUCACUUCGAGGUUUUGUUCAGUGGAGUUUGUGUCGCUUGCUUUUUGUAGCUUGUUUUCCUACUGUUAUUUCCAUUGGGAUGUGAGAUGAAUAUAUUUUCUACCAGGUUUCCUUUGUAAUUUGUCCAGCAGCUGGAUUGGAUAUAAAACUUAACUUUAAAAAAAAAAAAGCGCUAUGGUUCUAAGACCAAAUGAGCAAUAAAAAAAAAAAAAAAGAUAAACAGUGUCUCACAAUCAAAUGAAGAGGAAGGUUUCAGGUUCAGGUUGGGGGUUUAAUUCUCUCGUUGGGGUUGUUUCCCUCUGAUAUGGGAGGGCAGAACGAAGCAUUAAGAAAUUCAGUCACAAUGUUAAUUCACUUACCAAACUGCAUAAUACCUUAGUACAAAAAAAAAAAAAAAAAGAGACUGUUCUAUUGACUAACUUUGCUG